UCCAAGCUUUUGUCUUUUAUUUACUCUAAAUCGUUUAGAUCGUUGCGUAUACUCAUAUAUGGCUCCGACAUCUCCAAAGUGUCCUUUAUUUUUAAUGUAAAAAACGAAUGCAACAAACUUAUUAGACAGACAAUAGUACAGACCAACACUCAAGCCAAUAUUUAGUGCGAGACGGCGAUAACGUAAAGGAGCACACGUCGUAAAUCGGCAUCACCUUCGCAGUCAUCGUAAAUGUGAGCCAAGCUUUGACACGACGAAACGGCAUUCAGUAUAUCCGACCACCGCUCCGUGUGCUUGUCCGUGUAUGGUGCCGGUCCCGUGUGUGUGCAGCGCUCUCCCCUCAACACCCCGUAUGUAUCCUAGGGCCCCCUGUCGGCCCCUGAGUGCACCAAGCUUUCGUAUCAGGCAUGGAGCGUGGCGUCCCUUUAUUAGAUGUAACUAUCGGGAGAAAUUAUUAUACUUGUAUACAAAAUCCUUUGUAUCUAUUUAAAAUAAUAUCACAGUAUUUUUGCGAGUAUUUCUUAUGAUGUAACAUGACAUGAAGUUAUAUAUUUAUCAAGGUAUAUAGUUUUAAUGCAGAUAUAUGUAUUAUUCCAUUGUCUAUAUACUUUGUUCAUUGGAGAUUCUAAUUUUCUUUUUUGUGUCUUUAUUUUUUUGUCCAGCCUUCUUUCCUUAUAUCGUCUAAUGUAUAGUGUAAGCUGUUCAAUUUGUUAGUGUUAAAUGAGGUACUGAUUUCCAUCUUUUGUUAAGAACUGAUACUACAAAGCAAAAAGUGCGAAAGGAUUCCAGAUGCACAAUGAUAAUGGAAGAGCUUAUGUCCCUGAUUUCAUAAGCUUCCUUAAAGGGACACUGUGUAAUAUUUUAAGUAAUUUAUUACCUCAAAUCAACGUAUUCAUUCAUAAAUAAGUCCUCAUUGGUGUAACAUUAUCUCUGCCAAAAAUCUCACUUAUCCUCCUGAGCGAAGAAUAAUUUAUAUGUAGUAACAUAGGACGGGUAAGCUUCAUGUAGGCUUCCAUGUUCUUCCGGUCUAUGAACUGCCGAGAGGGACAAAAAGCAUUACGUGGUACAGGAAAUGCAAACGCGUUUUCACUCUGAGCCAGCGUGAAUGAUGACUGAAAUAAUGAACUAUCUUGCUCGAGGAAUAAUUACUCGUAUAUGCAUUGAAUCAUUAGCUUACACUAAUGAUUCAAUGCAGUUUGAAAUAACGAACCUCAUCAUCACUCGAAUGACUCGAUGAGGUAGUAUUGGAUGUCAUGACACAGCUUCUUGGCACAUUAGUUUGAAUGCAAUAUACAAUUGUACCACUAGAUGGGAGUAUUUUUUACACGUGUCCCUUUAAUGUGUCAAUACGUCUUCAAUCGUGGUAAUAUUACAAAUGCAUAUUAAAUAUAUUUGGUAUGAAAUAUUGAAUUAAUUGCAGUAUUCAAUCAAAUCUUACAUAAAACAUGCAAAUGCAUGCUAUUGCAAGGGAGGUUAGCCGUUUUAUGGGGUUUCAGUGCUGUUAGUUAACAGGGGGACAUUCGUGGCAGUUAUUUGUCCCGGAUGGUUGAUUUGGGGCUGAGUUUAAAUUAUAGCAUUUUAAUUGGUAACUUUUCAUUACCCUCGUCAUUGAAGUGUGCUUGUAAGGCCUUUAAUGAUGGCUAUUUUUAGUAUGCCAUGGUAGUGGGUCACAUUCAUAGCCAGUUUGCAGUAGGUUAUUGUGUGUGAUCGUGUAACCAUGUCAGACUGAUCAAAUAUGUCAGCCUGGGCAGCUGCUUCUUGCACGUCUGCAGGCUGCUUAUCGUUAAAAACCAGGGAAGCAUAACGUUAAUUUAGUGUUAUAUUUGAGCGUUUUAAGGAAUAGUAAUUGGUUUCUUUGUUUUUUCACCUUCCGUUGGAUAUUAAUCGCGUGGAUUCAUCAAAUAGUAUCUGAAUAUAACAGUUUUUUAUCAACUUCGUGUCAAAAUUAGUGAAUUUCAUUCUCUUCGUCUGUAAUCCACCUCAUCGUAGGGGAUGUGCAUGCAUACUGUACACAUCCCACUUAAUAUCACGACACCCACACAACGGGCCUCCCACGCGUCCAGUUUAGGCCCUCCCAUGGAAUUAAGCCCCUGUGUUAACUCGCUACUAAAGAAGCGUUGCCCUCUUCCACGUUAGGCAUCACCCUGCAUUAGUAAACAACCCUCAGUUAAUAUCACAACCCUGCACAGAUCAACUCAUACACAGUGAGGACCACUCUCCUUUUGUUCUUCUCUUGUUUUGGUUUAUCAAGAAACCAAAGUUUCAAGAAAAGGAUGAGCAAUCAGGAGGACGUCAAGCAGCAGCACCUGGCCGGCCCGGGACCCAUGUCCCCAGCCGCGUCCAGUACCAAGAAAACCCCGAGGAUGCCCAAGUGUUCCCGAUGCAGGAACCACGGAUACAUGUCUCCCCUGAAGGGACACAAGCGUUUUUGCAACUGGAGAGAUUGCCAAUGUCCGAAGUGCAAACUUAUUGCAGAGAGGCAGAGAGUAAUGGCGGCCCAGGUGGCCCUACGUCGUCAGCAGGCCCAGGAAGAGGAGCUUGGGAUAUGUAGUCCCAUAACGCUGUCCAGCUCAGACAUGGUGGUGAAGAAUGAAGCGGGUGGCAACUGCCUGUAUUCAGAGGAGGGCUGCUCCCCUACCACGUCCUCCAGCUUCUCUGCAUCAACCCCCAUCAAUGGGGGCAGCCCUUCCUCAUCCUCCAGCCCCCCCGUCAAGCCCCAGGCCGAAGGGACCUCUGACCUGACGGUGGACGCAUACUACAACUUCUACCAGCCCAGCCGCUACCCUGCCUACUACAACAACCUGUACAACUACCAGCAGUACCCGUCCAUGACCGGCAGUGAGGGCCGUCUGAUGGGCCACAACGUGUCCCCCCAGUACCGCAUGCACUCCUACUACUCGGCCGCCUCCUACCUGAGCCAGGGCCUGGGUACCCCCUCACUGGGGACCCCGGCCUGCGUCCCCACCGCCACCCCCCUCCCCGUCUUCAGCCUGGACGACAACAACAACUGCACCGAGGCCAGGAUGGCUGCCUAUUCUCCAGGUGCUGGCGGCGGUGGUGGUCACGACUCCUCCAUGGCCUGUCUCUCCAUCAGCUCCCUGGGCUCCUCCGGGGGCAAGGGGGUUUGUGACGUCGCCGGUGGGUCGUCCAACUACUCCGUCGACUCCAAGUGAAGCCCCUUCUAGGGCUUUGUUUUUUCCGAGGGCGGUACUGUUGUGUUGUUAAAGGCCUUCGUUGUGGUCAUUUCAAGGGUUUAGUUGUUGACCUCAAUCAGUUUGUUUGUUUUGGUUGGGGGGGGGGGGGGGGGGGGACUUAUUACAUGAUGAAAUGUUAUGUGUGUCACUGAUUUUAAGCAAAGACUAUAAGACAUAUUUUUGUCUUUAAUAAACUUAUAGUAGUAAUUGUAGCCCAUUUAAAGUUCCCUCAUUACACCCACUGAUGAAAUUAACGGUCUCUGAUUGGCCAGAUAAGAGAUACGCUUCACUCACAACCUGAAUCCACAAAGAUACCUUGAAAAGCCAACACAGAGGUUCUGGAUCGAUUCUAUUCCUUAGGAUUUGCAUAUGAUGACGUCCGCGCGUGCGUGUUAUCAUAUGCAAAUCCUAAGGAAUAGAAUGCACAGAAACCUGCACAAUAAGUGCACAGAUGUGGACAUGUGGUAAGAAUGUCAACACGCAAACAUGCACACAUAUUUAUUUGAGUGUGUCUUGUUGUGCAUGCACAAAUACAUUUACCCCCACAGAUCUUGAGCUGUAAUCAACAUGGGUGUGUGUGUGCGUGCGUGCGUGCGUGCGUGCGUGCGUGCGUGCGUGCGUGCGUGCGUGCAUGCGUAUCUGCCCUUGGUGUGGGUUUGUUUAUAUUUAUUUUACCCCUUGAAACACAAUGUGCCCUUGAGGGAGGGUAUAGGGCAUAAACUACAACGAUCUGAAUUCAUCAACACAACGCAGUGCACACUCCAAAUAUAUGUAUAGAGUAAAGAUAGGCGGUCCUUGCUGUUAGAGGAUAAGCAUAAUCAUAUACAUAUUACUGUGCUUACCAUGAAAAUGAACAAUUCCCUGACUUGAAAGGACUUUUAAAAUUGUUUAUUGUUCGCAUUGUUGAUUUGUUUGGAUUUAACAUGCUCUGAAAUGGUUUAUUUGCAUUUAUGUUUUAAUAAAACAGCAACAAAUGUAA